AUGGCUGUGAACUUCUUGGUCCCGUUGCUCAUCCCGCUCGGCGAGCAGAUCACAAACGUGUCGGAACUAAGCGGGACAGGCACGCUGACGUUCAGUAGACCGGACCAGAUGGUGACCGUGCCUGAGAACGUGGCGCCCGUCCUCCUGGCGCAGCUCUCGGCGCACUCCAACACCACCCGCAGCCGAGUGACGUACGAGAUCGUGAGCGGCAACGAGCAAUGGCAGUUCUACAUUCACAGUCUCUCUGGCAAACUGCAGCUCUCCACGCCUCUCGAUUAUGAGUCCCGCAACAUCUACGACGUCUUCGUGGCCGCAGUCGCUGGCACCGAGAAGGCAUACGGACGCGUCGUGGUGAACGUCACCGACACCAACGACAGCCGCCCGUACUUUGCACGGCCUUUGUACGAGACCCAAGUGACGGAGGAGGACGACCGCCACCUGCCGCGGCUCAUCAUGCAGGUGCGAGCCCACGACCCCGACAUGACCGAUGCAGGUCGCCUGCGCUACUCCAUCAUGGUCGCUCAACUCGAUGCUGGAUUUUUCCCUAACGCCACACGCGCUCCUGGCGGCGCUGAAGGGGAAAAACGAAGCUCCUACGCCGACCUCGAUGUCUCGGUGCGCCCACCACCGAAGCUCGCCCCCGUCCCUCAAAACUCAACUUCAACAGAAUUUUUCGCAAUCGACAGUCAGACCGGCGACAUUACUUUUAUUAAGCCUCUGGACCGCGACGUACCCCACGGCGUCCCCCACUGGUACCUGUGGGUGGGGGUGACGGACGGACGUCAUCACGACGUCGCACGUCUUCUCGUCAACGUAAAGGACGUCAACGACAACGCGCCCUUCUUCCCCGCACAGCCGCUCAUCGCCUCCAUCAGAGAGAACGAGCGCGCGGGCGCGGUGGUGAUGACGGCCGAGGCGACAGACUACGACGACCCGAGCGAGGCGGGCCACACUCACCUCACCUACGCCAUCGAGAAGAACGUCAUCGACGAGGUCUCUGGCAAGCCCAUAUUCGACAUCGACCCACAAACUGGCAGCAUCUCGACCGCCCUCUGCUGCCCAGACCGCGAGAAAACUCCAGCAUACCAGCUGCAGGUGGUCGCUACUGACGGGGGAGGUCUGAAAGGUACAGGCUCAGUGCUCAUCGUGGUGGAGGACGAGAACGACGUGCUGCCCGUCUUCUCGUCCCUCAGCUGGCGGGUUGACGUGGCUGAGAACGUCGCUCCGGGCGCCCCACUCGGCCUCCUCACAGUCGACGACGAUGACGUCACCAACCAAUUUUCUUAUAGGAUUGUGCCGCACAGCGGGCCAGGCUGGGAUAGAUUUACGGUGACGCCGUCUGCUAUUUCUGGACCGCUUCGAGAGUACCAAGUGGACAAGGAAGAAGCAUCGGACGUUAAUGACAUUGCUGACGUCAAUGUGUCUCCUAAUGAUCUUCUGGCGGAAACAAAAGUGACAAAAGAUGGCCACGAGGUGGUCCUUGAUCUUGCGGUAGAUGAAUUGCAUUUUUCGUCGCCACUGGAACGAGUUCGAGGUCAUAAAAAUCCAUUCCUCAAAACUGCCAGCAAACAAGGAGCCGUUCUUUCUGCGUUGCAGGACCUUGAUUACGAAGAUGGCGUGCAGAGGAGAGGCUUCAAAUUCAUGGUCCAAGUGACUGACAUGCCUAUUGAUUGGUCGUCGGUGCCACCGAAGCUUCCGCCAGAGCUCUCCCCGUUUCACUCCCAUCGGAUGGACUUGCUUCAAGCCUCCACAUUGACACCAGAAUUCCCGCGAAUUUCCUCGUGCUGGGUGGAAGUUCUGCUUUUAGAUUCAAAUGACAAUCCUCCGAAAUUGUUGAAGCACCGCGGUCAGCUGACAUUGCCUGAAGACACUUCAGUUGGCACGUUACUGGACGACUUCCCUGCAACCGAUGCAGACUCAGGCGCUAAUGGCUUGAUUCAGUACGCAAUAUCAGCGGCCAGUGAUCCCGACGGACAGUUCGUGGGAGCCGACGGGCAGGUGUGGCUGCAGCGGCAGCUGGACAGAGAGACUCGUCAGCAACACGUCCUGGACGUGCUUGUGUCUGACUCAGGCCAUCCAGCACACACCGUCACAGCCACCCUCACCAUCACCGUCACUGACGUGAACGAUAAUCCUCCUUUUGUUUCAAGCUUAAAAAUCCCUUCGGAAAAUGAUGUCAAGUAUACUACAACUACUAUUCAUGGUUCAAACUUUGAAGUUCAGCCUCAAGUGUUGAAUAAGAAGUUUAUAGUUCAUCAUUACAAGUCAAAUCUGGCCAUUACGGUUCCUGAGAAUGCUGCACCCCGAACUCUCUGCUCUUUGCUGCUCAACGACCCCGACGACUGGGAGCUCGGCAAUGGGCCGCCCUUCCGCAUGCAGAUCGAUCCUGCUGCUGCCGGGGAAAUAAAACGGCUGUUUGCGGUCACCUAUAACAGUGACGUGCGAGGCAGAGAGCUGGGGACCGUACGGUCUCUGCAGCCUCUGGACCGCGAGUCCGAGGUGGGGCCGAUGCUGAGGCUGCCGCUGCUGCUGACGGACAGCGGCGGCCUGUCGGCCACGGCGACCAUCACGGUCCUGGUGGCAGAUCUCAACGAUAAUCCAGCGCAGCCUGCCACCAAACAAGUCCAGGUCGUCCGAAUGAAGGAUGAGCAGCUUGUGACCCCCCUGGGUCGGGUGUACGUGCGGGACGCCGACGACUGGGACGCGUCUGACAAGACCUGGCGGUGGCGAGCCGCCCCCCAUCCGCUCUUCUCGCUCGACGCCAACACCGGACAGCUCGUCAUGCUGCCCGAUGCUCCGGACGGAUGGUACAAGUUGCAGUUCCUGGUGGAUGACGUAUUGCACGACCAGCACGACGUGUCGGCUAACGUAUCUGUGCACGUGACGUCACACGACAGUCUUGAUGUCGUGCGUCAGGCAGUCGUCAUCACGGUAGCUGAUGAGACGCCUGCGACGAUCAUCCAAACAGACGAGAGCAGCAGGUCUCCGCUGGAGCGCCUGCUGCAAGCUGUGAGCGACGUAGCUGCAGUGGCCGUAGAGCUUGUGGCGCUAGAGGCGCGCGUGCCACAAACCGCUUACCUUCACGGCCCCAUCGUCGUAAAAGAUCAAUACGACGCUAACUUCUCGGAUAAUGCAAAUCCCUAUCCUCGGAGGUCCUCACGAUCCAAAGCGAGCUCUAAAUUGGAUGACAGGCACAUGAUAGGAAACAGAUUGAUUCCCUCCUCCGGUAUGAUUUAUGUUAAUAAAAACACGAAGUUAAUUCAAAUCGAGUCAUCUACAAGUGAUCUUGCUGUUGAACUCACCGAGCAAACCGGUGCCAGAGUUUGGGUGUACGGCAAGACCAAUUUUUCCUUGGAUCAACUAUUGCUCCUGCACAUUGACAGGAUUUCUAGAGCGAGUAGAAUGAACGUCUUCAGCGUGGGGGUUGGAAUUUGCGGAGAAUUCCCGAGAAUGAGAAUUGAAGAGAAUGAGCCCGAGCUUCCCGCUGCCCCGGACGACGUGACUCGGCGGCAGCGCCUGCAGCCUCUCACCCACCCCGACUACAGGAGUCAGGACCAGCUCACCGUGCAGGAGAUGCUUUCGAAGUCAUCACAUCACUUCUGGGUGGUGGACGGCAACGCGACAUGCGUUGUGACCCCUCGUCUGGAAAUGAGCUUAGGCUGCAGUUGCCUCAAGUCACGUCCGGCCUGUGGCCAGCACAGCCCUCCGGCUCAGCACAAAUCGCCAGCAGACGUCGAGCACGGUGACCGUAGCCAGGAUACUACGGCUGGACAACAACGGAAUACGGCCGACAUAAGGAGCUGGCCUGUCAAAAUACGUCUUGACGUUUCUAACUCGGAGUCUAGUGACUUGAAUUCCUGGCCAUCUAAAAAUUUUCAUUAUAAGAACACAUUUGAAUCGCUGGAGGAUAAGAAGCCUAGUUUCUUCUCAGUCUUCGAUAAAUGCAGUGAAGCUCUUUGCUUGAAUGGGGGACGCUGCAUUGAAGACCAGGCUAGAGCAAGGUGCAUUUGCCCACAAGGAACCAGUCAACCGUUUUGCAAGCAGCUAGAGGCGCAUUUCAAAGGAGUUUCAUCCACGCCUGUAGAUGAACAGGGACAGUCAGAUAAGUAUGGUAGUUGGAUGUGGCUUGGCACGGCGAGACUGUGUUCGCCAAUGCACAUCAGCCUCGAGUUCCGGACAAAAGAAGAGAAUGGGACAUUGCUGUACGCUGGACCAAGGACGAGGUCGCCGACCACGAGCCAGUCUAUGCACCUAAGCGAUGAAAAAGUAACUGCUGAAGAGCCCAUCAGAAAUUAUCGAAGUCGUCGAACUCUUGAACUGGGAGUAGGGAAGAUGCAGUUAAGAGACGACCAUGUACAGAAAGUGGACCAAUUCAACGCACCCGUUCUGAGUGUGGAACUUUUUAACGGUCGACCAAAAAUUCUAUUUUCCCUGGGAUCAAAAACUGCAAUACUGCCGUCGCUCGCCGCAACCUCUCAUCACGCCGACCCUCUGAAGCUCAAUGACGGGGAAUGGCACAGACUCGACUUUCUGUGGUCAGAAAAGAAAGUCGAGUCGUUGAUAGACUUGUGCCGCGGUCAGAAGUCAGGCUGCCACUCGUCGGCCUUCUUAGCCGACCAAAAACCACCACUAAAGGUGAAAAUAUCUGUUGCACAGCAAGUUAAUUUGCAAGGACAAGGGUUUGUAACGUCUGGUUCAACAAUUGAUUCAUCAGCGGGCUUCCAAAUGCCUAAGCCACCAGUUGGUGGUUCAAUGAAUAUUGUUUUUAACUCGGAGACACCGUUUCAAGUUGGCGGUGUAGCUCACGGACGACCAAACAGCCGAUUAUUUGGGUGGCCAGAAGAUUUCGUCAAUGGAGAAUCGUUUCGUGGAUGCAUACGGAACAUCAGGAUUAACAAUCAGCUACAAGACGUCGGUGGCGCACGUCUCUCACGCGGCGUGUCGCCGGGCUGCCCGCUACCUACAGUCUGCUCUCCUAGACCUUGUCACAGCAAAGCUCGAUGCUCCACUUCUCACAUGCCUGCGUCGUGCGAGUGCUUGCCUGGCCUGCGAGGGCCGCUCUGCACGCAGGCGUCACAAGGCGUCACUCUGCACCGCCAGAGCUACGCGUCUCUGGCCCUCUCAUUCCGACCUCCUACUGACCACGCUGCCGUGCAAGUGCGUAUAAAGACAAGGUCAACGAGCGGUCAAAUUCUGAAGCUGACUUCGCAAGGAAGAAGUGACGCUUUGAGACUUCACAUAACGACUGGCAAAGUUUGCUUAUCUUUUGAAUUAUCAAAGCCUGCAACAAAAAUAAACUUGGAGAAAACUGAUUUAGAUUCCAGUAAUGUAACCGGUCAUCAUGCGGAAAAUCGUUACAGAAGAUCUAGCAAGGUUAACGGGUUACGUGGAGAUAUGUUUCCAGAGAUGAUUCUAAAGAAAUCGAAUGAAAGUGAUCAUAAAGGAUUGCACUUGCAUCCAUACCGAAUUAGGAAGUACAUGCACGAAACUGAAUCAUCGAAUACUUCUCAUUCUGGGGCUUCGGCUAAAAAUUUGAACAGAGUUCGUAAAAUAGAGGCGAAAAAUUUAAGCGAAAACGAAAGAUAUUUGCAUUUUGCGAGACGCUCAUUGCACGGAGGAGUAGAGCGUAGCAAGCGGAGAACUCACCCGGCGCCUGAGGAAGAAUCGUCGUGGGCCGCCCAAACCGUAGCGUCGCAAGUGUGUUUAUCAGAGGCCCGUCUCAACGAUGGUGUCUGGCACACACUGUACGCAAGAAGUUACGGGCAGUUUCUCGAAUUAUGGGCAGACGAAGGAGACCAUCCAAACUACAACUCAUCACUCAUCGAGGGUCUCUUCUCCAGUAGCAAAUUUUCUCCUUCACUUUCCAAAAUAGCGGACACUGAACCAAUGUUCCGCAUCCACGGACGAAAAAACUCUCGUGAUUUUCGAAACACUACAGAAAAUCUGGCCACGUUGGCGCGCUUUAAAAGUAAAAAGUGGAGCCCUGAGGGAGGAAUGAAUUUUUACCAAUCUUGGGCAUCAGUGGAGAGAAAUUCAUCCCAGUCGUUGUACACAAAUACUGAAAACAAAAUCGGGAUUUUACCUCAAGCAACAAGUAUAACAUCCGUAAAAUCUGGUGAGCCGAUACAGAUCUGGAACGAAAUUCCUUUCAGUGUUGACCAGCAAGAAGGGAUCUUGGUUGGAGGCAUCCCCGAUUUCCACGAGUCACGUUUGGUGGAUGUCAGAGAUGAUCUUUAUGACAGCUGUUUGGAUGACCUCCGCCUAUGGGGACACCCCUUGCCUCUGCCCCCCACGUACAACACGAGUCAGGCCGCGCAGCUCACAUCCUUCGCCAACAUGACCGCGACGUGCACGUCUGACGACGUCUGUGCCAACGUUACCUGUCCCGCCGGCCUGCAGUGCCUGGACCUCUGGAACGUCCAUGCUUGUGGGUGCGGGCGAGGAAAAACCUUCAAGUCCAGCAAAUGUGCGAACGUAAACGAGUGCCAAGUUUGGUCGCCGUGCCUGGCGGGCACUUGCCUGGAUUUGGACGAAGGCUAUCGAUGCNAGUGUCCUGCAUCACGCGCAGGUUAUAACUGCGAGGUGGCAGUGACGCCUGCAUCGCGUCUCUCGCUCUCUGUUGGCUCCGGUGUUGCCUUCAUCUGCAUCGUCUUCCUGGGCGUCGUGCUGUUGUGGGCCUAUUUCCUGCUGAGACGCGUCCUGGGGCGCUCUGAGCGCAAAAAACGCCAGCUGUCAGAAUCCAGCUCGGCUUUUUCGACUCCGCGCACGCACCACACCCAAAAUUCCCCGCACUGCUCUUCCUCAUCCCCAUCACACUCCCCAGCUGCACUCCACUGUACUCCAUAUGAUCUUCACGGAGUUUCUCGCGGUAUCCAAGGGAUUACCCGCAGUAUCAGGGCCAAGAAUAAGCCUGGCCCAGCCACCGACGGAAUACCAGAACUCUGUCGGUCAUCGCCGCGCCUGGAGCUCACUGCCUUGCGCUGCAGUGCACCUGCAGAAGUGGACGUCUUGAAAAUUUCAGAAAUUCACUCAUCGUUCCUGGAAAGUUCUGGCUCCUCCGGAAGUUUUAUUCGCAUGGCUGCGGCUGAAUCCUCAAUGCAUGAGGCAGAAAGCACCACAGGAUUUGAUAUCCCCCAAGCGCUUGUUGUUGAUCCCGAUUCCGAAGGAUCAACCCUAGACUACGCCGAGCAGAAUAAUGUCAGAUCGUCGCGUGAAGUACGACUCAUACACAUACAAUCCAGUGAAAUGGAGAGAGAGCGUCGGAAAGGAAAGGACGAUUCGAAGAAGCGAGGAUCCAGCGGUUGUGUUUGUUCUUCAAAAGUGCGUCAAGAGGAGUCAAUUAGUUCUUGUGGCGGUGGCUGCAGCUGCGUUUGCACUUCGAGGGGCGAUUCGUAUAAGCCAACACAAGACGAUUUGCGCGAUUAUGCGUACGAGGGCGAGGGCAGCACACCGGGAUCCUUAUCGUCUUGUUGCUCUGGACAUGACCCAAUGGGAGGACCGAUGACUGACCACCGUUUUCUGGGAGGUUUUCAAGAAGUUGCCAUUCUUCUCAACUGCCUUUCAUCUACUGAAGAUAUUGAUUUUCAAAAGGCUAAAACUUGUGAUACUAAGCCAAAAGCGAUGGGUCCGAUAAAACUGAAAAACACGAAAGAACAAUUUUUAUACAAUAACGACAAUUUGAUGAGAAAUAUUUCCAUCUCAUCACGUGAUAUUCAAAUUGAAUACAACGAUAAAUCGUUUCACGCAAAUUCUGACAUUUAUCGGAAAGGAGGUUCUCUGCCUCGAAUGAAGCCUUCAUGAGCUUCUCGAUCUCCCCAUGUAUUGUUUUUUAAUUGUAAGGCAUAAAAAUAUUGAAUACAUACGAAACAAUAAUACAUAAGAAAAGUUAUAAACAACGACGAUUGUAAUUAUAAUAAAUAUUAAGCAGAGUUGUUUGGAGAUUAAAAUUUGUGUAUAGCAGCCAAUAAAUUACGAAGCGCAGAAAUUGAUCAUGAUCUAUCUGGUCUCAGUAACUCGCAUGCAACUCGUUUUUUAAUUGCUUAUGAAAAGUUUGUACUGACUUAAUUAUUUUGAGUUUCUUGUUUACGUUAUACUCUCUAUAUGGCAUGCAUAUAAAAGUUCAAGAUGAUGAUAAUGGUUUCGUGCGAGGCUUGAAAAAAUAUUACCAUAUCGUUCAAAUAACAGCUCAGUCUAACAGCACUAGACCACAGCUGAUAACAGCUCAGUCUAACAAUGCUAGGCCACGGGUGAUAACAGCUCAGUGUAACAACACUAGACCACGGUUAACAGCUCAGUGUAACUAAGCUAGACCACGGUUACCAGCUCAGUGUAACUAAGCUAGACCACGGUUAACAGCUCAGUGUAACUAAGCUAGACCCGGUUAACAGCUCAGUGUAACUACGCUAGACGACGGUUAAUAGCUCAGUGUAACUACGCUAGACGACGGUUAAUAGCUCAGUGUUAUUAAGCUAGACCACAGUCGAGCUAAGCAAUGUGCAUUGUCGAAUAAACAUUACUUGGAUUUACAACUCGACUGGCAGCGGAUAAUAGGAGGCCUGAUUUGACAGAGCAAAACCCUGCAGUUUUCAGCAAGUUUUUGCGAGCUAUUCGCGAACGCUGUCCUCCGUCGAUUAAUGUUUACUUUACUUCUCUUUAACGCUAUGUAACGACGGUAUGUGCUUAUUUAUUUAGAACGUUGCAUGCAAAUUAUAGUGUAUGACAUUUUAAAGAAAAUAACUCUGAACAUUGGUAUAUUUUUGUACCGAGGGAGUUAAAUGUUUAAAGAUUAAAUUUAAGACUUUGCUGU